AUGUCAUUUAAUAAUAAACUACAAUAUUGCGGGGAAUGUGGAAUAAAGUGUAUAAAAAUCUAUGAACAUCCAAACGACAAGUUAAUUGGAUAUUGCAAAACUCAUUAUGAUGUUGUAGUUGGUACAUGUUCAGGGUGUCAUAAAACCAUUGGUCCAAAUGACCAGGUAUCAGUAUUAAAUUCAAAAAGAUAUCACGCUCAAUGCUUUAGCGCCAACGAUGUAAAAUGUGAUAAAUGCACAAGACCAAUUAUCAAUACAGAAUAUAAAAAUGUAAUUGGUAAAAACUAUCAUACUCAAUGCUUUACCUGCACAUUAUGUUCAAAAAAUUUAUCAAAUACAAAUUUUUCAGAAAUUGCAAAUUGUCCAUAUUGUUUAGAUUGCAAAAAAGAAAUAGAAAGUAAUCCAAAUAUUGCAAUUUCAAAACAUAAUGCAUCAAACAAAGUUGUAGUUGAUAACACAAAAACUAAAGAAUUAAAUGAUAUGAAAACAAAUCUUUAUAGCAAUAUUCAAAAAGGUAAAGAAUCAUGUACCUGGUGCAGAAAAGUAAUAUCUUUAGGUGAUGUAGUUACAUUUAACAACAAUGUUUAUCAUGAGGACUGCUUUACCUGUAACCAAUGCCAAUCAAAGAUUGGUAGAAACACAUUUACAAAUAGAGAAGGUCUUGCACUCUGUAAUGAUUGUGCCAAUAAAACAUCAAAUACUGUAUCCUGCAAUAAAUGCAAAAAGCCAAUUACCUCGACAUACACAAUGGUUAGCGGUAAUAAAUAUCAUCAAAAUUGUUUUGUUUGUUUUACAUGUUCAGGAAGUUUAGAAAAAGGUUAUAUUGAAAAAGAAGGAAAUCCAUAUUGCGGAAAAUGUGGCUCACAACCACAACAAACAAGAUCAUUCUCAACUACUCCCAAAAUAGGUGGUGCUCCAAGACCAAAUGGUUUAACUGGUAGAAAGUAA